AUGGCGAUCGAAAACCUAUCUGAAGAUCUGCUCAUGGAGAUUCUGUGGAGGCUUCCAGUGAAAACCCUUCUUCAAUUGAAGUCAGUCUGCAAAAACUGGUAUGCUUUCAUCCAAAACCCUAACUUUAUUUACCUCCACCACUGUCGCAUCGCCUCAAUCGCCGCCGCCGAAAACACCGAUUGCCUCCUCGUUAAGCGAUUCCUUAACGACGGCAGCGGCGGCGUCGUAUUAUCCUUCGUCACAAACGAAACCCCAGUUGAGGAUAUAGACAUAUCUUCCACUGGUCUAGAUAUCAAACACCUGCAGAUCUUGGGUCCUUGUUAUGGCGUCGUUUGUCUCUCCCGAUUCGGUUUGAACUCCCCCCUUGUGUUAUGCAACCCUUCAAUGAAAGAAUUCAGGGUACUUCCUCCUCCUGCUUACAAAAAUGAUCAUAUUACCAAUUUGGGAUUUGGGUACGAUCACUUUACAGGUGGUUAUAAAGUGGUUAGAUUUGCCAUGAUGAGUACGGAUAUACCCACUAGGGGCAUUGAUGAAAUGAUUGAAAUAUAUGACUCGAGUACAGAUUCUUGGAGGGAAGUUCACACUCAGUCCCCUAUCCAGUCCGGUUUCCACUGUUGUCAUGAUUCGUACGCAUCGUGGAAUGGGGAUUGUUUCUGGUACGCCUACCGUCACCAUAAUGGUGGUGCAGUGAUUAUGGCGUUUAGCAUGACCUACGAGGUAUUUGAACAAAUGCCUGUGCCAGAAGUUUGCCUGUCAGACCAGUACAGUGAAAUGAAACUUUUUGUCUUGAAUGAUUCCCUUGCCAUGGUUAUUUAUCCAAACUGGUGGUCAAAUCCAUUUUUCUUUGAACCUGGGGAGUUUUUGAUGGAGAAGUCCUUUGACAUAUGGGUAAUGAAUGAAGAGGAUGUUGAGGUGUUGUGGACUAAAAAGUUCACCAUCGGACCUUUCCAGGGAGUUGACUGGGCAUUGGGGUUUCGACAAAAUGGUGAGUUCCUUGUGGAGAGCGGCUAUGGACAAAUGAUGUCGUACAACCUUAAUACCCAAGAAAGAAAGGAGUAUCAAGUCCAUGAUCAAUACUGCCAAAGGAUAAAGAAGGUAAAUGAAUGGUUCACAUCAGCUUCUGAGAGGUCUCCUCUAAGGCGGUUUCUUCCGUUUUUUGUGUGGGGAUUUAUGGAAUCUCUGGUUGUUGCACUAUUGUUUGAUGCUAGCCAUUGUGCUAUAUGA